GUCCUCGCAAUGCGUUCAGCCUUUGGAUUUUAGCACACGGUAACUACAGUCAGCGUCCUGUCGUAGAACGUUUGUACAGAACACUUAGAAGUUCUCUACACAACUUUUUAAUUUCAUUGAUAAAGUAGUAAUUUGGAACUUUGUUCAACGAGGACGCAACACAACACGAAAUAAGCUAUUUUGCAAAGAUAUCUAAGACGAGCGCAUUUCCAAGUCUCCCGGUUUUGUUUUUUACUUGUUGUAUCGUGGGUUUUUUGCACCUCACCACAUCUCAGGCGAAGAAAAGACUGUUGAACGGACUUAUUUUUGUCUCAAAGUGUGUCUGUUUAAACCAAAGUUUGCAGAGAUUUCGUUCGAACCUAAAGGAGUUUUAACGCAUCAAAGAACUACAUGGACACGCAAACUCAACUAAGUUAGCGAUAGCUAGGUUAGUCAACUAGUUUGUUAGCUAACUUUAUUGCGCUGGACUGGCGAGGUAAAACACAUAAUCGAACAAGAUAUACACUGCCCAUCUCCAUGAGAAAAUCCAACGUCGGAUUUGGAUUUGUUUUGUAGUUAAAUCUCAAGCAAAGCUCUUCUCACCCCUUGGCAUUGUACUUGUAUAUCUGGGACUUUCAUCAUCGCAAUGAAGUCGACUGUUGCGCUUUCUGUACUUUACAUUUUGGCCGUGAUUUUCGUCUCUGCAAAAGCAGAGUUGAAAACGAAGAACUGCAAUGAUGUGAAAGAAGCGUAUAGUUCCAAGGGUUUCAAUGUCAACGAUGUACCUAACAAAGGGGUUCACGGUGCCCAUCUGAAGGUGUGUCCUCAGGGCUUCUCCUGCUGCACGCUGGAGAUGGAGGAGAAGCUGAGCCAGCAGAGCCGCUCAGACCUCAAGGAGCCCGUGAGCCGCCUCAGCUCCAACAUGCAGAGCACCUUCACCCAGAGACACCGCCACUUCGACCAGUUCUUCCGUGAGCUGCUGGACAAUGCUGAGGGCUCGCUGCACAGCAUGUUUGUGCGCACCUAUGGCCAGAUGUACAUGAAGAAUGCCGAGCUCUUCAAGAGCUUCUUCCAGGAUCUGCGGCGCUACUACCAGCAGGGCAGCGCCGCCGUCAACCUGGACUCCAUGCUGGCCGAAUUCUGGGAGGACCUGCUGGAGCGCAUGUUCCGACUGGUCAACGUCCAGUACGAGUUCAGCGACGCCUACAUGGAGUGCGUGAGCCGGCACACGGAGCAGCUGCGACCGUUCGGCGACGUGCCGCGCAAGCUGCGUCUGCAGCUCACGCGCGCUUUCAUCGCCGCGCGCACCUUCACCCGCGGCCUGGCGCUCAUGGGCGAGGUGGUCAACAAAGUGUCCUCGGUAAGUGCCUCCCCCAGCUGUGUCCGCGCGGCCAUGAAGAUGAUGUACUGUCCCUACUGCUCGGGCCAGGUGGCCCUCAAGCCCUGCCCCAACUACUGCCUGAAUGUGAUGCGCGGUUGCCUGGCCAACCAGGCUGACCUGGACUUCGAGUGGAACAACUUCCUGGAUGCCAUGUUGAGUCUGGCUGACCGGCUUGAGGGACCCUUCAACUUUGAGUCAGUGAUGGACCCCAUCGAUGUCAAGAUCUCUGAUGCCAUCAUGAACAUGCAGGAGAACAGCAUGCAGGUCUCUCAGAAGGUGUUCCAGGGCUGUGGGCAGCCGAAACCCAGUAAGGCCUUCAGUCGCACCAGUCGCUCCAUCAAGGAGACCGGCUUCACCGGCCGCUUCCGUCCCUACAGCCCUGAUGCCCGGCCCACGACUGCAGCCGGCACCAGCCUGGAUAGACUGGUAAUGGAUGUGAAGAAGAAGCUGAAGCAUGCCAAGAAGUUCUGGUCCACACUUCCAGACACUGUUUGCGAAGGGGAGAGGGUUGCCAUUGGUGAUGAGGAAUGUUGGAACGGCACAGCCAAGAGCAGGUACGAGUCUGUCGUCAUGAACAGUGGCCUGGCCAAUCAGGUGGCCAACCCCGACGUGGAAGUGGACAUCACCAAACCUGACGUGGUGAUCCGCCGGCAGAUUGUUGUCCUGAAGGAGAUGACCACCUGGCUGAAGGCAGCUUACAAUGGAAAUGACAUCUCAUCCGACAAUGAGGAGGAUGGCAGCGGUGAGGAGAGUGGCAGCGGCGUCUGCGAGUCCCCGCCCUGUGAAGGUGACAUGUACUUCUCCACCACGGCCCCGGCCAAGCCCAACGUGCGAUUCGUGCACCAAGAAACAGAGGGCACGAAGGCCGCGGCCCCGGCGGCGCGGGCCAACCUGCUGCUGGCUCUACUCGGCCUCCUGCUGGUCCUGCUAGAGACGCACUGGAGAUAGAUGCCCCGGCACCGCGGGGGGAAAGGGAGAGAGUGAGCGAGAGAAAGAGAGAGAGGGAUGGAGAGAGCAGGGAAACAAAACUGUCUGAGGACUUGGAAAGACUUGCCUUCCAGACCUCGAUCUGCCUGUUGAUCUGGGGAAGACUCUAAUGCUAUAAUACGUUCACUUUUAAAAUAAACAGUUUUGUUUUCUUUCUUUUUUUUUAAAAUCAAGACAAGGACAUUCACGCACAUCUGUGGGAGUUUCUACAGAAUAUCACCUUCCAUCAGCUCGGUCUGUUACAUUUUUUGUUCCCCCGCCAUCUUGAACAGGGUUUUUAACUCGUACCCCACUUCACCAGCAGUGUUUGGGCCCUCUGCUCACAUUUUAAUGCUUUUUUAUUGGUGUUUGAGUAAUUAUAUGGGUGUUUGGAGGGGUUGUGUGUUAGUGGUUUGUUUGUGUGUGUGUAUGUGUGUGUGUGUGUCUGUUUGUCUGUUUGUGGAUGGAUGUGUUUGUAAAUACAUGCAAAAUCUUUGUCUCUGAUAAUUAACCUACCCUUGUACUACAUAUAUAGAUCAAUUAAGCAGCAGUGUAGCAAGUAUUCUGUAAUCAGACAUAGCUUUUAUAACCAGGUGUAAGUGUGUGUGUCUGUGUGUGUGUGUGUGCGUGCGUGCGUGUGUGUGUGUGUGUGUGUGUGUAAAUAUUUCAGUACUUGGGUUAUCCACAAUCCAUGUUGUGGGGUUAAUCAGAACAUGUAAUUGGCCAAGGUUUGACCACAUACUUUGAUGACCGAAUAGGAAGAGACCAGACUAAAGAAGCGUGUGGUGCAGAAAAGGGCCAAGGGUGAAGAAGUAGCUGGUCUCCAAGCUGGGCUGGUUCAGAAGGAGGGGGAUGGCUCCGAGAAGCAUGGGCAGGUUUUGUGCUUUUAAUUCUCCCCCGAUCAUCUGAGUGUGUGUGCUUGAGCUGCACCGUAUCCCUCUGCCUCAGUUGAUCUCAGUACGGCCCCUGACCAGCACCUCCCCUCCUGCCCCGCCCCGCCCACAGAAAGCAAAGCUGAUGGCAACCGGUCCACAACACUGCCAGCACACUCUGGCACAAUGGCACAAUCAGCUGACCUUUCACACUGGAAGUGUCUCAUGAUGGUCGCCAUGUUGGCAGAGAAGUGACCCUGGCAGAGUUGUGUCGUUACUGUAUGCUGGCCAUGAGCUGAUCGGAAGGCAGCCAGGGCUAAGUGUGCAUUGUUUAAAAUUGAGGACUGUGAUGACCCUUGGAGCAUGGGAGGUGGGAGGAACACAGGGUUUCAUGUGGAAGGUGUGUUUGUUUUUUUUUGUGUUUUUUAGUAAUUGUUUUAGGUACAGCAGCUUUUAUGACUAGUUCCAGUGCGACAGCCAAUGUUGGUAUAGGAGUGGUCAGUGCAAUUUUUUAUUUUUAUUUUAAAAAAAAAUAAUAAUUUGUCUGCAUCACCAUGCAAAGUUACCUCUCACCUUCUGUUCUUAAAUCAGCUUGUUUGUCAAUUCUGUGCACCCCUCAUAUCCUGCUGUUGCCUUAAUUUCAAAUUACGUCUGAACUUUUUUUAUGUACCCAAAAACAUGCCAUCGGUACGUUUCUCAGCCACUGGAUGGUAGUGGUGGACCUAAAAAUGGCGUCCUUAGAUAUUGAACUUUAACCCAGAUAUUCAACCCUUAUUGAAUCGUUAGUGUUCAGAAGAAUAACCAGUGUUACUUUCUCUAUUACGGCUUGUUUCCCACUUGUCACAAGAAAAUAUUCCACUCUGUGCUUUUGUACAGUAAAUUAUUUAAUUGCAUGUUUCUUGAAAGGCAUUUAUGAACACACCUUCAAAUAUGUCCGUCAUAGGUAUCUAAAUACAGUAUUCAAAAAGUAUAUUUAUAUCUGUAGAUGGAAUGCCAUUUCUAAUGAUUUCAUAAAUUACCCGAUGGGGUUUGUAUUGGCUUGGGGUAGUAUGUUUUAUAAAACAUCUGAUUCUGUAAGAUAGAGCAGUGCAUUCUGUUUUGACCCUGGAGUAGGCCAUGGUGAUUGGGAGCUCUGCAGAGGUGAUGUUGGGACUGGGCUGGCCACUGAAAUCCUUGACUGAACUUUAUUUUAAUCUAUGUGCGAUGCACUUUCCUUUUGGCAUUUUACGUUUUUAAUGCAACUGGACAAUUUCACUAGAUGUUUUAGACAGGUGUCUGUUAACUGCAAUGUAAUCUUUAAAAAAAAAAAAAUAAGAAGCAAUGUACCAUUUGAUUUCUUUCAAGGAUUCUAGAAUGGCAGCCCUGAGUCUUUCAAGUCUGCGAUGACACUGAAGGAAGUUCAGCAUUCAGUGAGGCUUAGAAAAGCUUGCGCUGUCCUGUCAUUGCUUUAGCAUUUCUUUAAAUUAGCCUUGCUGCCAACACUGAGGGAAUGUAUGAAUCCUGCAUUGAAAUGCAGUCCUCAUAUGUCUCUGGCUUUUCCAAUUACUGAAUCUUUGCUAAUUGUGAUAUUUGUGAGUCUGUAAAAGUAGAGAUACCCAAAUUGCCUCCGUCAUUGUCAAAGAUGUAGGGAAGUGGGCGUCAGACAUCAAAAGGCUACACAUGUGAGAGCCAGGUUCCUUACAUUACUGGCGACAUAGACACUUGAAAUGACUGGGGAAUUCCAUUUCUGGUCCACAGUACACCUUAAAGCCAUGAGGUACUGGAUUUUAGUGGAACUAUAAUGAUCACUUGCUGCCAGUGGUCCACACAAGUCAUCUCCAGUGAGGAUUAGAAACAACUGAAAUAAUUGUUGGUGUAAAUAAUGAGCAGCCAUUUUAGAUGUCUCUGAAAGAGGUCAUAACAGUUCAUCAAAUUUGUACUUUUUCAGAGUAAAUGUUUUGGAACGAACAAGAUGAGAUAGAACCUAAAAUGUAAAUGAAAAAGUAUAUUAAACAUUUUCUAGUCUUGUUGAAAUAAAGACUGCAGAUAUUUAAA